GUCAAAAGUACAUACUUACUAAGUUAUUCAACCCUUUCUUUUCUCAAUCCUCCCGAUCCGCAUAACCCACGGCUUAUGUACACGACUAUCACGACGAGACUCGUAUAAAUAUGCCCAAGGGUUCUACUACGUCCUGGUCUUACAUCUUCGUUCGGUUGCUCUUCCAGUUUGUGCUCAAGAUAUUCUAUGGAACCAUUGUUGUCGAGAAUGCUGAUCUUAUACCGAAGACUGGGCAACCAUGCAUUGUCUGCGCCAACCAUUCCAAUUCCCUGACGGAUGCACUCCUUUUGGUGACCUCCAUGCCGUCUAGAACGCGUAAUAUGCUACGGCUCACGGCAAAAUCCACUCAGUUCGGCCAUCGGACAUUUACCAGUUGGCUGAUUGAAUCCGCAGGCACUGUGCCCAUUAAGCGGCGCAAAGAUUUUAAUAACAAUGAAGUUGAUAACACUCAAGUGAUGGAUAAAUUAAUGGAUGCACUGGAACUUGGAGACGCAGUUUGCUUAUUUCCGGAGGGGGCAAGUCGCUAUCACCCCACUAUAGCCCCCUUGAAGACAGGAGUGGCUCGCAUUGUUUCGGACGUCCUGAGCCGUAAUCGUGAUGAUCCAGACUUUUCCGUGUCCAUUCUGACGUGCUCAGUCACUUACAUGCAUCGACAAUAUUUCAGGUCAGAUGUUCUAGUAACAUUCAAUCCCCCAAUGACAGACAAUCCAGAACUCCUCGUACCCGUACAGUAUGACGAAAUUCGGGCUUUGACUGCACGGAUGCAACAACAAAUUAGUUCCCGGACAAUUGACUCGCCAUCUUGGGAAUUUGUGAGGUCUGCAAAGAUGGCGACACGCAUCUACGCACCUCUAGGGACCCGUAUGAGCCUGGGAGAUUAUGUACGAAUCACAAGAACGUUUGUUGAGGCCUUCAAGGCUUCCGACGAGACGCAAAAGAGCAUGCGUAGCGCUGAAGAUCAUUCUAUUGACUUCACCAGGGAGGACGCUGAGCUCAACCAACUGCGUCAUGAUCUCAAGACGUAUCAAGACCGGCUUGUUCACUGGGGUAUCAAGGACGAUCGCAUCACACACCCCCUCUCGUUGCGAACGAUUAUAAUGCGGAUGGUUAUUCGACUGACGUGGUUCAUAUGUCUCUUUACCAUCUCUCUCCCAGGGCUGGUUCUCUGGACGCCCGUCUUCAUCACCACAUUCAUCGCCGUCCGUAAUUUCAAGAGAACCGGGCCGGUCUGGGACACCUGGGACGAAAUUGCACAAUAUAAGCUUGUCUACGGGCUUUUCUCAGGUCUAUCCGUUUGGGCUGCUUGCAUUCUGUUUACGCUUCCUUCUGCCGCAAUCACAACAUUCAUCGUCCCUGCUAUGAUGUGGAUGACCCUGAGAUGGAUGGAAGACGCGGUAUCGGCAUUCCGCGCCUUUAUGGCAUUGGCAAGGCUACUAUGUGUUGGGAAGGAGACGCUGGACGAGAUACGACUGACACGGCGCGACCUGCAUGCGCGAUUGAUGGAUCUUGCUGUGGGGACUUUGGGGUUGCCGAAUGAUCCCGAGAAGUUUUUCGUUAAGAGUGGGGGUAAGCAGAAGGGUCGCGUAAGAAGCACCUGGGACAGCGGAGCGAAGUACUUCUCUGUUAGGAGGCGGCGGAAGAGGGACUGGAAUGAGACGCUGAGGCUAUAUGACCAGGUAGAUUAUCCAGAAGAGGGGCUGUGAGACGUCGUAUCUGAUGAUCCAUAUAUAAUUUGCACACAUCUCGCAAACA